AUGGUGCACAGGGUCCAGAUCGCGGGAAGACUCCGCACUUGGCCUUGGCCUCUGGUGUUUGCCCAACCCGAGCACAAAUUGCUUCCUGGCGCGCAAGCGUUGGAAAGCGGGCGCCGAUCGGUUGGCGCUCUCGUCAAGAUGUUGCUUCGCCGACUAGUCUCGUCUCGAGCUCGUCUAGUUAACGGGAGGCGGUCAGCGACACCAAGACUCAAAACCAGCAAUGGUCUGACGGCGGUGAAAAUGGCACCGCACCCUCCAAAAAGCCAACCGCCCGACCAUCUACAGGCCAGGCUGACCAGAGGAUUGGACUGGCUGCAGUCUUGCUGCUCCAGAAUAAUAAACCCCAUAGCAGGAGCGCGAGCGCGAGCGCCUAGCUGGCCGUUCAGCUACCAGAGGCGUCCUGAUGACUGGCCCACCAAAGCAGCCCUAGGCUUAGCACAGCCAAACGGGCGGAAAUAUCACCGACUGCUGUUUUUUGACGGGUAUUACUGCGUGACUGGCUCAUCGCACCUCCCUCCAAUUAGAAACCAGACAGCAAACGGAGCGCUCCAGUAUUAUCGCCAAGGUGCACCACUCGGUAGCCUCGCUGGCCUCACACGCACCCCGCCAACUCAACGUCGCCCUUUGAUUUCCAAAGCACCUCUGGACGACCCUCCAUCUUCCAGGCAAGAAGUCUGGUCUCUGGUAUCACAUAAAUCAUCUACCAGCACUGGUAGCCUGCGUGUUCCGUGUGUCGCCCAUCCACGCCCGCACUGGGAAGCCGCCCAAAGUCGCCUAUCGAGUGAGCGAUCGCGCUCGCGCCCGCUGCCGCUCCUAGCGGCCGUGCUCGAUAUGCGUAUCGCCUGUCUCCAGUUUGCACCGCAGCUCGCCGAGGUUGACCACAACAUCGAGCGGGCGGAUGCCAUUCUGGACCGGGCCGACCCGCAAGACAUUGAUCUCCUGGUUCUACCCGAGCUGGCCUUCUCCGGCUACAAUUUUAAAUCCCUCGGCCAUAUCUCGCCACACUUGGAGCUGGGAGAUGCUGGCAUCACCGCAGCAUGGUCGCGGCAGGCUGCUCUCCGGUACGACUGUGUCGUCGUCGCCGGCUACCCGGAGAAGAUUGAUCCCGUGAAGAGUUGGCCCGCCGAUCCGGAAUACUACAACUCGGCCAUCAUCAUGGACGGCGACGGCGAUGUUGUAGGAAAUUACAGAAAAUCCCACCUGUACUACACGGAUGAAACCUGGGCGCUUGAAGGGCCCAGUGGAUUCUGGACUGGCCAUGUUCAGCCGUUGGGACACAUGGUCGUCGGUAUCUGCAUGGACAUCAAUCCCUACAAGUUUGAAGCUCCAUGGGAGUCCUAUGAGUUCUCCAGCUAUGUACUCAAGUCCGGCGCGCGCCUCGUGGUGCUCAGCAUGGCCUGGUGUACCCAUGUUGACCAGGAGGAAUUCUCCCGGAAACCGGCUGACCCAGAUAUGGAUACCUUGUUGUACUGGAUCACGCGUCUGCAACCCAUCAUCUCUAUCGAAUCCAAUCAAGAGACUAUCAUCGUCUUUGGAAACAGAUGCGGUGCGGAGGGGGAUGCUACCUAUGUCGGCACAACUACUGUGAUUGGUAUCAAGUCUGGUGAAAUUUCCCUCUAUGGUAUGCUCGGGCGUGAUGAAGAGUCUCUACUUGUGGUUGACACAGACGCUCUGCCGUAUGCAAAACUCAAGCUGCAGGGCCACGAGCCUGUUUCGGCGCAAGAUCACGGCCACCACGCCGUAGCACCGCAGGCACACCACCAAACGAGCUUUUCAGAUAAACCGAGAAAUGAGAAUGGCCUGGGGAAGCACGCUGCGCACGGCAUGGAGAUGAAUCAGAUACCCCCAACAGAUGUCCAAGAGCACACCCUGAACACAAUCAUGGUGACUAGAGGGCCAGAAAGAGACCCGCAACACAAUGACGAUUGGCGGGAACCAUCACGCCGGCCCCGUGAGCAUCCCACAAGCGGUCCCUUUAGAGUUGAUGGUAGCAGCGUUGGAAUCACGCCCUCGAGCAGCCACGUUAGCUACACCCAGUUCACACAGUCACACGUUGCUGCCCCAGUCGCCCAGAAACGCGGAGUGGACGACAUGCGCCCGACGAUGAGUGAAGGCGACUACAAUACCAAUCGGCUAGAUGAGUUUUCCGACAGCGACGAGUCCCUCCUCUCAUUGUCACAUGAGGAGACCGACGAGGAGGCCUGGCCCCGCACCCAAGAGGAUUCACAAAGGUAUGACAAUACGCCGCGGCGUAACGCAACCAGCAGCAAGCGAGCGUACAAGAACCGGGAUGCUGCCAGUAAUUCAACGCCACAUCAGCGACAAGCUCGUCUGCCCAAUCCACAGCCAGAGCAGGAUGCUGCUUCAGAGUCAUCUCUUGUGCAAAGGAUCUCAGCUUUUAUUCUCGAAGAUAAGAUUUUGCCGACUUCAAAGAAGAACGAUAUUAAGGAGCAAGACAUAUACAAGUAUGUACAUGGCAAAAAUCUGACAUCUGAGCACCACAUUCGAUAUCAUACACACCUGCUCAGGGAGAGACGGCUCAGACAAGGCCUUCCUGCGGAUACCGAGGAUGAGGCGGAAGAUGAAGAGGAAUGCCAAGAGUCCAAAAAGGGAGAGGUCAUUCGUGAAGCGCAGAUGGGCCACGGCGAUCCCCGCCUUGACCUGAAAUAUGCGCCUGACGUCGGGUCGGACAAGAUGGAGCUGCCCAUCCUGGUGCCGGCUUCUCACAAUCGGGUACGCUCAGGUGCUGACUUCCAGCCAAAUUAUACCUUUGGGAGUGUAGCCCAGACCAAGGAGGCUUUUUGGACGGAGCAUUUACCGGAACCUACACCGAUUGCAGACACUCCGAUGAGCCACAUGACGCAGUUCUCUCAAACGCGCCCCAGGCGGCGUCACGAAAGACAAGCACCUGCAUUUGCCACGGCAGCUUAUGCAAGACGACAGUCGGGAAAACGCACAGAAGACGCCGGUACUGGAACUAAGACGGCGGACAACGGCGUAGACCCAAUAAGAAUUACGAGCAUUCCAGAGCUUUCCAGCAUCGCGGGCACUGAACAUGCCGCAUAUAAUGAGAGGCUCCCGGCGCUGAGCAGGUCCAAGGCCAAGGAAAACGCGGUUCCUCUGCAAGACCCCUCUCGGAGACCAAAAGCGGCGGCUAGACAGGUACCGCCGCUGAGGCUCGUCCCCAGGGAGGCGGCAAAGGAGAAGGAAAGAGAGAGAGAGAUCCGAUCACGACGUACACCGAGACAGGCACCGACUGCCCGGGAGGCGGAGAGGUCUCGGCAGCGUGAGAAGGGUCGCAAAACUCCCGUACCAAUGGUCCUUGUCUAUGAGGAAGAAGGCGAUAGUAUGACACUCCCUCGGAGGCGUUAUUGA